AUGAACUUUGCGGGGCACAUUCAAACCAUAGACUGUGCAGAGAUUGCAGUGGUGUGCUUUAAAAAUGGAGGAAAGGGCCACAAUCCAGGGAAUAUAGAGCAGCCAGGUUGCUUCAUGGUGGACCUGCUGCAUGCCUACAUGAUGGUGCCGUGGAUAGCUCUUGUUUGUGCCAGCCCUGUACCUGAUACCUCUUGUGGGUCGCCGCGGCGGCGCGCAGCACGACGGGAACAUGGCGCGCGGAACCGGCGCGCGCGCCUAGCUGGCGGGACCCUUAGCUCGAGGCGGACGCGGCCCGGACCCCUUGGAUAUGGAGCAGUCGCCGCCGCCGGCGCCCGAGCCGGCCCAAGGGCCGACCCCCGCAAGGAGCUGAAGGCGGCGGGAGACCGAGUCGCCGCCAGCGUCGGCGCCGUCAAAGAAGAUGGCCACGGAGACAGCAGCGUGGUCAGAGUGGUAGGAGCCGGCCAUCAGCGAGAGCUGCUCCGUGCCUGGCUGCCGGGUGCUACAGCCUGUGGCCCACUGGCUUGCCUCACUGUGGUUGGUGGUGGCGGUGACAGAGACUGCAGCACGACCAGAGUGGCUUUUCUGGCUUUGCCCGCCCAGCUGCUCCAUGCCAGGAGGAGGAGGAGACACCUAGAGCCUGCGACACCACGGCUCGCCUCACUGCAGGAGGGUGGCAUCGACGGAGACUGCAGUGCGCCAGAGCGCCCCCACAUCACCCAACCAACCAGCAGAGAUCCUCCUUCCCAAGAAACAGAUAAACUGAGGCCCAGGAAGGCUAAGAGUCCUGCCAGGAUCAUUCACCUUUCAAGCAAGGCAAAGUACUCCAGGCCAUGGGGAGUCCCUGAAGACUUGAUGAACUGCAGUGGCCACAUCAGGAGGUUGCAGGUUGACCAGAACUCACCGACACAGCAGGAGAGCAGCUUGGAACCUGCAACCUAGCCAAAACCUAGUGCCUUGGAAUGGGGGAGAAAACAUGCAGCCAUUCCUUUCUCUCUGCUGGCUAGAGGGGAUUCUGCCUUUUCCUGCCAGAGCCACCCCUUUCCCUCCUCCUAAAGUUGAUGGUGGUUCUUUAAGGAAAGGGAGAAGUGCACGGUGUGAUAGGGCAGGAAGAGAAGAAAACGGAGGAGAGGAGGGGACUUUCCCAUAAGCAGGCAGAAGAAAAGGCAGCUGUGGUGUGUGAUGGACAUGGAUGCAGUGGUGUCCAAUGUGGGGUCAGCCCUAGAGGAGAGACAGAGAGAGAGACAGAAAAGUGAGAGAGUCCUGACCCUUACGAUUAACAUGGGAUCUGCCUGCAAAUGCUGUUUAGGGCCAUCGCCUCUUCCUGUACUGCUAUUUUUGAGAGUGAUGCUCCUGAGCCCCACGACCCAGUCAAAUUUGAUGUCCCCUUGAGCCAGAUUCAGUGCUGGGAGUCCAGUGUGAUCUGCAUGGAUCUUGCUGCAUUGAGAACAGGCCAGAUCUUGACCCUAAUACAGGGGCUGGAUAUGAACAGGCAACAGCUGGGUUUCUGAGUCAGAAAGACUUGGUUAAUUGCUAAUUGCUUAGGCGAGUAAUUUAAUUUUGUUGAGUCAGAUUCCUCAGCUACAAAAUGCACAUGACAGUACUUAUUCCUCCAGGUUGUGGGGAAAAUGGAGAUUCUAAGCACGAUGUCCAUUUCACAGAAAGAUACCAAUUUGGUGGCUUAUUUUCCUUUCUACCUUCAGAAGUAGCUAUCCCUGCCACCCAAACAGACCCUUGACUCUCAAGUGGACGGGGUCCCAUUUGCACAGGGGGAGACCUUACAGCCUACGUGGAGUCUAUACUUACCACUUAGUGAGCAUUGUAUCCACUCAGCGGCCUCUGUGGGCAUCCGUCUCCUCUGCAGCAUCUUUCCUCCCCACUGCUGGGUCUGCACAUGACCCCCUCCUUGGGUUAGGCCUCUGAUCAGUGAUGACCUUGGUAUGGUGGUGAUGGUCAGUCUUGGCAUCAAAUGAGCCAGUUUAUAUCAUCAGCUAUUCAAUAAAAUACUAAUCUAGGUGUCACCGUGAAAGUAUUUUGUGACAUUGUUAUGUACAUAUUGUUACAAAUGUGCGUGAUGCAUUUACUACAGCAUAGAAUUUUGCCUGGGUGCCAGCCUGAAGUCUGUCCGACAGAUCAUCCAUGUUAGUCCCAAAGUCACAGAGGCCAAUUGAUUAAAUUAUUUUAUCUCCCUUGAGAACUAAAAAUAAAAUCCUAAGCCCCCCACUCGACUUAACAGACCCCCUGUUGGCCAACGGAACCUCAAAUAAAUCUUAAAAUUCAGUUCUUGGCCAUGACAGGACAGGAUGUCAGACAUACCUCCCUGUACCUCCCUCCCUCUUAUGGUUUAGACCCAACAACUGAACAGCAUUAAUGUUAAAAUAGAGAUCAUGAGACUGACAGAACCGACUCUUUGUGGCAAUAAGACCUCAAAUUAUAAACAGGACCUAGGGCCAUGCCAGGUGAGGGUUAAGUCUUGUACCCUACUCUUAAAGAAUUAACUAGAUUCUAACUACCACAUGGGUUUUAUUUUUCUCUAGCAGCCAAGCAAGCACUGGCUGUGAGAGAAGCAAGAUUAAAACAAUUACAACUCACCCAGUUCACAGACGCUGAGUAACUGAUCUCCUGCCCCACUAACCUUAACGACAGCUUUCUCUGGACAAGGGACUGAUUUCAGUAACUUUCUCCUGAUAAGAGACCAUACUCCAUAGACUGGUUCUGGCCAGUUUUAGAGGCUGUGGCUUUACAGAGGCUGAGUACCUUCAUGUCCCUGCUUCACUUUUUGAUGUGUAGGGCCUAAUUAUAAUACAUUUAAAUGUCAAGUCUCCACCCCAGAAUGAACAUGCAUGUUUAUUGAAUAUGCAUGCGUUAAGACCUCUUUUAUGAGUAUUCUCAUAAAAUGAUAUAGCUCCUCUGAUAUCCUAUUGAGUAUGUAUAUGUAGCCAACUCAUUUGGCUCAAAUUCCUGUCCUCUCCUUCCCUCCCUGGAAAUGCCUGCCUCUGGCCUUGGCUGUAGGCCACACUUCCCAGCUUGUCAUAAUGGCCACCUUGCAGACUGCAAACCUUUAUAAGAAAUAAAGCUCUCUUUUCUAAAUUU